AUGAUAGCUCUAUAAUGGUUUAUUUUUUAAGAAGAAAUUAUUUACAAUCUCAAUAAGAAUGCUUAAAGUGUAGUGAAAUCAUACGAUUUAAUUUUAAAGGGAAUCAGAAAACUAUUGAAAAGUUGUUUGGUCUACAUUAGAACAGAUGCCUUUAAAUGUUUAUAUAUCUUAUAGACAACAGCAUCUCUAUCUAAAGUCAUUUUUAGCUUCCAUUUGCUAAAUUAAGGGAGAUUUAUGAAAUGUGAUUUAUAACAGGAGCUUUUGGAUAUCUCUGAUGAACUCAAUUAACAAAUGGAAAUAGAGAAGAAUGAUUUGAUUCAAAAUUAAAUGGAACUCUAUCUUUUCUUAACAAAAACUUCUUUUGAGAUCUCACCAAAUAAUAGUAAUGAAAGGGAAGAAAUCUUAAAAGGAUGUUUAAGUGGGAUUAUUCGUUCGAUAAUUGAUAUGAAGCCAAAUGAAGAAUUGUUUGAAUCAUUGUUUUAGGGAGCCUGUCAUCUUUACAAUUUGUAUGCGGUAAGCAACAAUAGAAAAUAAUUUGAAGUUUAUUUUUAAAUAGAUAUGUUGUAAUGGGAGAUAAUAAACUAUUUUAAGAAUGAAAAAUUGUAAAAUCUAGAUGAAAUAAUUUUACAUGUUUAGGAAAUACAUGAUAAAAUUGUGAAAAAUUCAAAUGUAUGGAAAUACCAUUAUCUAUGGGUGUAAAUGAUCGGAAAAAUUUUAUAAUAUAAUCCUCUAUUAACAAAAGAAAAAUUAUCUCAGAUAAUAAACUCUUUCAACUAAGGAUUAAAGCCAGAUUAAAUUUGGAAGGAAUAUCAGAGAAAAGGAAUAUUAAUCUAAAUGAAUAAUAGAAAUGAUCAAGCAGUCAUCUAACUUCACUAACUUUAGAAUAAUUAAUUAAGUUAAAUUGAUAGAAAAAUAUUAGAAACAUGUUUUAAAGAAUGGGAAGUCUUCUUAUUACUUAAGGAUUAUCUCAUAAAUGAACAAUAUUAAAAUAUUCCAUUUACAUUUGGAUCAUAUUUAAAUAGCAAAUUAGCUAUUGAAUUGAAAGAAAUUAAAAAAAAUGAAAUUAUAUUUGCAAUUAAAAAUAUCAAAAGGUUUUUAGGGUUUAUGAUUCCUAAUAAGUUACUUACUUUAAUUAAAUAAAAUGAUGAGAAACUUGAAGAAAUAAUAAAAAUGUUUAGGAAUUUUACAAAAGAUAAGCUAUAUAAUGAGAGUAUGACAUUAAUAAUUUCAUAAUAGUAAAUAAUAAAAAUGAUAUAAAAUUUAGAAGAAUAUUUCUAAAAUAUCUAGUAUAUAAUAAAAAUUAUGAUGCUGAAUUCUGGCAAAUUAAAACAGAGAAAUGAAAGUAACGAUUUUGAUAAUCUUAAUACGCUAUUGGGUAUAUAGGAGAUAUUAGAACUAUAUUGUCUUGAAGUUGAAAGACACCAAAAUAUUAAUGAUGAUAAUAAUGUAAUUUAGGAGAUGAGAAGAUUAAUUUUGGAAGAAUUUAAAAUUGAAGAACAUAAAUUAUCAUUUCUUAAACUACCUUACUAAAAUACCAUCAAAAUUGUGGAAGAAGCUGAAAAGUUGAUUGAAAUUUAUAAAAAAGAAAUUUAAAAUUUAGAAAUAGAUUUGCUUCAAAAUAAUUUAUUUCAAUAUUUUUAGAAUAAAAGUAAUGAAAUUUUAAGCACCUUUUCUGAAUUCAAUUUAUUCCUUAAAGAAAUCAUGAUUUUAAUGUAUUAAAUAAUGGGAGUUCCUUAAAUUAAUGAACUUAAAAAAAUUCAAAAAGCUCUUGCUGAUUAGCAUUUACUUAAAUUUCUGGAAAACUUAAGACAUAACAAUCUGAAGCUUAAAAAUCUUUUUCAAAUAUAUUAGAAAAAACCAAAUCAGAAGAAUUAAUAAGAUUGUCAGAGGUUAUAAAUCUUGACGAGUUUCUGCUCAAAAUAAUUGAAGAUUUUCCAAAAAGUAGGAUGA